AUGAGCAGCUUCGUGAUGGGGAGAAGCGCCACAAGUGCUCAGAGUGUGGAUGAGCUUCACAGGUUUCACACCAGAGGCAAUCUCCUCUUGCACCAGUGCACGCACACAGAUGAGAAGCCCUUCCGCUGCCCCGACUGCGGGAAGGGCUUCAGGGAAAACUCCCACCUCACUGAACACCGGCGCAUCCACACUGGGGAAAAGCCCCACGAGUGUGCGGAGUGUGGGAAGAGCUUCAGCAACAGCUCGAGUCUGAUCCGCCACCAGAGGAUCCACACUGGGAAAAGGCCCUACAAGUGUGAGGUGUGUGGAAAGAGCUUCAGGCAGCGGAAGGCAUUGAUCAGCCACUACAGGAUCCACACUGGGGAAAGGCCCUACGAGUGUUCUAAGUGUGGGAAGAGGUUUCCCACCAGCUCUGAUCUUGUCAAGCACUACCAGACACACAUGGAGGAGAGGCCCUACCAGUGUCCUGACUGCGGGAAGGGCUUCAGACGAAACUCCCACCUCAUCACCCACCGGCGCUUCCACAGCUUGGAGAGGCCCUAUGAGUGUGAGGAGUGUGGGAAGAGCUUCCCCCAGUCCUCAGCCUUGACCCAACACCAACGGAGGCAUGAUGGGGAGAAGCGCCACAAGUGCUCAGAGUGUGGGAUGAGCUUCAGAUGGAGGUGCCACCUGAUCUGCCACCAGAGGAUCCACACUGGCGAGAGGCCCUACGAGUGUGGGGAAUGUGGGAAGAGGUUUCAGUCCAGCAACAAUCUCCUCAAGCACCAGCGCACGCACACGGACGAGAAGCCCUUCCACUGCCCUGGCUGUGGGAAGGGCUUCAGGCAAAACUCCACCCUCACCAAACACCGGCACAUCCACAUUGGGGAAAAGCCCCACGAGUGUGAGGAAUGUGGGAUGAACUUCAGCAAGAGCUCCAGCCUGAUCAGCCACCAGAGGAUCCACACUGGGGAGAGGCCCUACAAGUGUGAGGAGUGUGGGAAGAGUUUCAUGCAGCGGAAUGAUUUGAUCCAUCACCAAUACAUCCACACUGGGGAAAGGCCCUACAAGUGUGGGGACUGUGGGAAGGGCUUCAGGCAGCGUGCACACCUAAUCUUUCACCAGGGGAUCCACACUGGGGAGAGGCCCUACAAGUGUUCUAAGUGUGGGAAGAGGUUUCCCACCAGCUCCAAUCUCGUCAAGCACUACCAGACACACACGGAGGAGAGGCCCUACGAGUGUCCUGACUGCGGGAAGGGCUUCAGGAAAAACUCCCACCUCAUCACGCACCGGCGCAUCCACACUGGGGAGAGGCCCUAUGAGUGUGAGGAGAGUAGGAAGAGCUUCUCCCACAGCUCAAACUUGACCAAACACCAAUGGAUGCACCGGUAAGGGAAGCCCUGUGAGUGCCCCGAGUGCAGGAAGAGCUUUG